AUGGGUCUCAUCGAAAAGCUCCAAGCCCGUCUUGAAUUGCACCGGCUUGAGCAGCGCUACACACGCCGUGACAAGCGCACAACCUUUAUCAGCGAGGCCCAGUAUGUGGACGGCGAGUACGUCUACGCCUCGUCUCCCGCUUCGGCAAAGUCUUCGAGCACCACCAACAGCAAGCGCUUCAGUGUCAUGCCCUCGAUACGGAUAAGGGAGCUCAGUCGCAUGGGUACUGCACGGUCAUAG